CUGCCGCCGCGACAUUUCUUUGCUUCUAGUUUAGCCUGCUAAUGCUGCGGGAGAUUCCCGGUGGCCGGACGGAGGAGAAGAAACGAGGGGGGAAGGAUCUGCAGAGCCAUGGAACGGCGGGGAAUGCUGCAGGUUAUUCUCUUCUGGUUCAACCUAGCUGCUGCCUCUAUUGGUGAUGAACACUGUGGAAAUCUUUCUUCGGCCAACAAUAUUACUGGCCCUCAGUGCAAUGCCUUAGUGGAUCUAAUUGGGACAUGUUGGCCACGCAGCCUUGCAGGACAGCUGGUAGCGCAUCCCUGCCCUGAGUAUUUCUCUGGAGUGCGAUAUAAUACCUCAAACAAUGUGUACAGAGAAUGUUUUGCAAAUGGGACCUGGGCAGCCCGUGUGAAUUAUUCUCAAUGCCAAGAGAUCCUCCAUGAGGAGAAGAGAAGCAAAUUGCAUUAUCACAUUGCUGUUGUGAUUAACUACCUUGGGCACUGCAUUUCUCUGGGGGCAUUGCUGGCAGCUUUUAUCCUCUUCAUGCGACUUCGGAGUAUCCGAUGCCUACGAAAUAUUAUCCACUGGAACCUGAUCACUGCUUUCAUCUUGCGGAAUGCCACAUGGUUUGUGGUACAACUCACCAUGAAUCCAGAAGUGCAUGAAAGCAAUGUGCCAUGGUGCCGUCUGGUCACAGCUGCCUACAACUAUUUCCAUGUCACUAACUUCUUCUGGAUGUUCGGUGAGGGAUGCUAUCUGCACACUGCUAUUGUUCUCACCUAUUCAACAGACAAGCUGCGGAAGUGGAUGUUCAUCUGUCUUGGCUGGUGCAUCCCUUUCCCCAUCAUUGUUGCCUGGGCCAUUGGAAAACUCUACUAUGACAACGAGAAGUGCUGGUUUGGAAAGCGCACAGGAAUUUACACUGAUUACAUCUAUCAAGGUCCAAUGAUACUGGUGCUGUUGAUCAAUUUUAUUUUUUUAUUCAAUAUUGUCAGAAUCCUGAUGACCAAGCUUCGGGCCUCGACCACCUCAGAGACCAUGCAGUACAGGAAAGCAGUGAAGGCCACCCUUGUGCUUCUUCCAUUACUGGGAAUAACCUACAUGCUUUUCUUUGUUAACCCUGGAGAAGAUGAAAUAUCCAGGAUAGUCUUCAUUUAUUUCAACUCCCUUUUGGAGUCUUUCCAGGGUUUUUUUGUCUCUGUUUUCUACUGCUUCCUGAACAGUGAGGUCCGUUCUGCAGUACGAAAGAGGUGGCACCGAUGGCAGGACAAACACUCCAUCCGUGCCCGAGUAGCAAGGGCCAUGUCCAUUCCUACAUCCCCAACUCGUGUCAGUUUCCACAGCAUCAAGCAAUCAACUGCUCUCUGAGAGUCAAAGUUUAGGGAGAAAACUUUUACUGUCUUUCCUAAGUUACAGUUUAGGAAAGGCCAAGAGAUUUUGUCCGCAUUUUGCGGACAUUUUAUGGUAGAAACUGUUUGCAUUGGAAGGGAAUGUUUGUGAGAUUGGAACUGCAAGUCCUGGCAAACCAAGUGGUUCUGAGACAAGGUGAACUCCAAGGCCUACGACUGCAACGUUUCAUCCUAAAAAAAAAAAAAAAAGUUAUGGCCGAUUUUAUUUUCUAAUACACCUGAAGAUUUUUGUUAUAUUUGCUUACUGGUUUGGAAAAUGGUUUAUCUAUCACAAGCACUGCAGAAAAAAAAGUUAGCAGUUGGAAUUGGUGAGCAAUAAGCAAAACAAAAUGCAGCAAGAUUAAUCUUGGAAUACUAUCUCACAGGGUGCACAUAAAAGGCUUUUUUUUAAAGGACUUAUGAGUUCAUUAAGAUAGAUGCAGCUAAUUUCCAAUACAAGGCAAAGGCACAAAUCUCAUAUUCAGGACCAUGUAUCUGAUUCCGUGGAAUAGAGCUGGUGGACACUGCCAUUAUGUAAACUCCCUUAGUAAAUAUCCUUAGGACAUCUGACUCCUCUAUGAAGAUUUAAGUGGUAAGAGAAAGUAGAGCUGUUCCCAUGUUCUUCCUCAUUAAAUCUGCUGCAGGUGACGCCAAAGAUCUAAAGCCUGGUGGACUCUCAUUCAAGAUGAUGACUAACCUACUCGUUCCAUGAUUAACUGAUUUUCACCAUAGACAGCCUAUUUGAGCCCCAAAAUGGAGUGGGACAAUAAUGCAUUCCUUUUGGUAUCUCUUAAUAAAAAAUAGUACCAUCCUUUAACCUUGCUUGCAUUUUUUUAGGAAUCUCCUGCACAAUUCUUUCCUUGCCCAGAAAAAUUUAGCCAUAUCUACAUAUGUAUUACACUAUGGAGAAAGGGGAGGGAGGGAGGGAGAACAGCACCAAGCACAAAAUUCCCCCAAAAUGUUGCUUCUUCACCUUUGCUUUUCAAAGCCAGCUGCUUAAUGAAGAACAUUUGAAAGCAUGGUGACAAUUCUGGUAACAUCCCAGAAGUCAUAAUAGGAGAUUAAUCAAGGUUUUUUGUGAUCAAAAGAAAAUACUACUUUACUUUUUCCUAUGAUUAUAAAUUUGUAGGACAAUUUUCACUGUAAAUAUAGGAAUGCAGCUUUCUUCAGAAUUUGGAUUAAUAUUCAUAAGGCUUCACUUGAAUGCCUUAUUUUCUUUGUCUUGGGCCACAAUUCCCAUAAAAAUAGUUUCUGCAUCAUCAGCAUUUUUGUUGGAAUUUAUAAACAAAAAUCCAAGAAUCUGUUCAAAUAUUAAGAUCUGUCUCUUUCUUGUAAUUUGGAGUAUUCUUGUGUGAAUGAAGUUCAGGCUCUGAGAGUAAUUGAGCCAUUUGCUAAUAGCUUGAUGUUAGAGAAGAUCCUAGCAGAAGUGAGCUGCAAACAGGGAAUUCCAAAAACUUUGCAUUAUAUAUUACUAGACAAUCCAUGCAUCAUUUGGGUCAUUAUUUUAGAGAUAUUUCUUUACCUAAGCAAAGGUAGGCAAAAAAAAAAAAAA